AUGCAAGUUCAAAAUACCUGCCAAAUCUGUUAUGAGCACGCAGAGAUAGCCUUGUUGGAAUGCUAUUGCAAGGUGUGUUUGAAAUGUAUUAAACACUACACCAAGAUAAAAAUAGAAGAAUUUUGGACUUCUGAUGGUACACAUUUAAAUAUUGAUUGUCCCGGUGGAUGUUAGAAAACUCUUUAUUUUGAUUCCAUCCAACAAUUAGCCAUCUAAAAUUCCUUCAUUUAAGAUGUUCAUGAUCAACUAUUUAAAAGCUAUUGCAGAAAAUCUAUUGACAUCUAAUAAUGUCCAAAUAACAAUUGUGAAUUCUACUAUUUAAAACCUUGUAAGGCUAAAUGUGUUGAUAUUUGUGAAAUCUGUUAAACCCGCUUAGAAAAUUAUGAACAGAUUUCGUAUAAAACACUAUUGAAUGAAAUCACUGAAUUUAUCACUACAUAUUAAUGUCCUAGGUGUGAAGUUAAAAUUACUAAAAACGGUGGUUGUUCACACAUGACUUGUUAAGUUUGUAAAUUUGAAUUUUGUUGGGAUUGCAAAUAAAAUUGCAAAAGCCAUGAUUGGAGUAUUUGUAUAUAUAAUAAUAUAUUUACACUAAUCAUCAAAUACUAACUUCUUUAUACCUUAUUAAUUUCUAUAGGUCUCGACAUCUACUUAUUAUUAAUUUUUGGAUAUGUAUUUUCAAUAACAUACUUAUUCAUACUUAAUAAUUCAAUCCUAUUGCUAUUCGCAUUGAUGUUGGUUCAACUGAAGAAAUUAAACGAGAAAUAUGAGCAAAUCACCUAUCACAGAGUCAUAGUCGGAUCACUGACCUUGGCCAUACUCAUUUUCGUUUCCUACUUUAUUUUAGAACAAUCUCUAAUAGAUUAUAUUACCUACAUAUUUAAGGAAACGUUAUAUGUAAUCCUCAUCAUAAUUGUUACUACCAUUUUGAAUUAGUUUUACAAAUAGAAAUUUAAGUUCAAUUGA